AGAAAUAAACAAAUUUGUAAUGCAACUAUGAAAUAGCCAGCCAAGAAGUGUCUACAGCGAAAACGGAAUACGUGAAAAGCCUGAAAAUUUGCACGUGCAACAUUUGCGAGGCCAAGCCGCAGCUGCAACAACACAAAUCGUCUAUUGAUGUGCGAUUUGAGCGUGUGAAUGUUGGCAGCCCUGGAGCCCUGCCUCGGUGGUUUAGCCUGUACUAGAAAGCGAAUAUGAAAACGGAGGGACCAAUACCAAUCACAACCACAACCAAAAACACAUCGAAACCCAUCGAAACAACCACAACGACAACACUGAGGGCUCUAAUUGGAAUAGCCGUGGUCACACCGAUCCAUCAAAAAUGGCCAGCUGGUGUCCAAAUUGUCACGAACUGCCACCGUUCUAUCCGCCCAUCAUGCCAAAGGGGAUGUCGGGGUGUGAUCAAAGCACUGUCGAAUCAUUGGCCGAUGAUCCAACAGAUUCACCAUUCGAUGCCGAUGAUUGUCUCAAGGUGCGCAAGUACUGGUGCUUUCUGCUGUCCAGCAUCUUUACAUUCCUUGCUGGCCUGCUCGUGGUGCUGCUAUGGCGAGCCUUCGCGUUCAUCUGCUGCCGCAAGGAGCCCGACCUGGGGCCCAACGACCCCAAGCAGAAGGAGCAGAAGGCCUCCCGCAACAAACAGGAGUUCGAGGGCACCUUUAUGACAGAAGCAAAAGACUGGGCUGGAGAGCUUAUCUCGGGUCAAACAACAACUGGUCGAAUUUUGGUCGUACUCGUAUUUAUACUCAGCAUUGCAUCCCUCAUUAUAUACUUUGUUGAUGCAUCUAGCGAAGAAGUCGAAAGAUGCCAAAAAUGGAGUAAUAACAUUACUCAACAGAUCGAUCUCGCAUUCAAUAUAUUUUUUAUGGUUUACUUUUUUAUACGAUUCAUAGCGGCGUCCGAUAAGCUUUGGUUUAUGUUAGAAAUGUACAGUUUUGUAGAUUAUUUUACAAUACCCCCGUCCUUCGUAUCAAUAUAUUUAGAUCGAACAUGGAUCGGUCUUCGAUUUCUUCGAGCGCUACGUCUCAUGACUGUUCCAGAUAUUUUACAAUACUUAAACGUACUAAAAACAUCGAGCUCCAUACGCCUGGCUCAACUAGUAUCAAUUUUUAUAUCCGUGUGGUUAACAGCAGCGGGCAUUAUACAUCUGCUGGAGAACUCUGGCGAUCCGCUGGAUUUUAAUAAUGCUCAUCGUUUAUCGUAUUGGACCUGUGUCUAUUUCCUAAUUGUGACCAUGUCAACGGUAGGAUAUGGUGACGUUUACUGUGAGACUGUCCUGGGAAGAACAUUUCUCGUGUUCUUUCUGCUCGUCGGCUUGGCGAUUUUUGCAAGUUGUAUACCUGAGAUUAUAGACUUGAUUGGAACAAGAGCCAAAUAUGGGGGCACAUUAAAAAAUGAAAAAGGGCGAAGACAUAUUGUGGUGUGCGGUCAUAUAACGUACGAGUCCGUGUCGCAUUUCCUGAAGGACUUCCUCCAUGAAGAUCGGGAGGACGUCGAUGUCGAAGUGGUCUUUCUCCAUCGCAAAGAACCUGAUCUGGAGCUAGAGGGACUGCUGAAGCGUCACUAUACCACAGUGGCCUUUUUUCAGGGCACUAUGAUGAACGCAGUCGACCUGGAGCGAGUCAAGGUUCACGAAGCCGAUGCCUGCCUGGUGCUAGCUAACAAAUAUUGCCAAGAUCCCGACGCAGAAGAUGCUGCCAACAUCAUGAGAGUAAUCUCGAUCAAAAACUACAGCGACGACAUUCGAGUCAUCAUCCAGCUGAUGCAAUACCACAAUAAGGCGUACUUGCUGAACAUACCAUCGUGGGACUGGAAACAGGGCGACGAUGUCAUUUGCCUGGCCGAGCUGAAGCUGGGCUUCAUUGCCCAGAGCUGUCUGGCUCCUGGCUUUUCGACGAUGAUGGCCAAUCUGUUUGCCAUGAGAUCGUUCAAGACGUCGCCAGACAUGCAGUCUUGGACAAAUGAUUACCUGCGCGGCACUGGCAUGGAAAUGUACACUGAAACAUUGAGUCCCACAUUUAUUGGAAUACCAUUUGCUCAGGCCACUGAACUGUGCUUCUCCAAGCUGAAGCUCCUGCUGCUCGCCAUCGAGAUCAAGGGGGCCGAGGAGGGUGCGGACAGCAAGAUUUCCAUAAACCCGCGUGGGGCCAAGAUCCAGGCCAACACGCAAGGAUUCUUUAUAGCACAAAGCGCCGACGAGGUGAAGCGUGCCUGGUUCUAUUGCAAAGCCUGCCACGAGGACAUCAAGGACGAGACGCUGAUCAAGAAGUGCAAAUGCAAAAACUUGACUGUUCAGCCCAGGAGCAAAUUCGAUGACUUAGAUGUGGGCAUGAUUAUGAUGCAGACGGGCAUGGUCAACCAAGGCAUCACAUCGGUGAUGAAUACAAUGGAGGAUGAACACCAUCCUGCACCCACAUUUACGCCACCAGAGCUACCCAAGCGGGUGCAUGUGCGUGGAUCUGUAUCGGGUGAUAUCACACGUGACAGAGAAGAUACCAAUCUACUCAAUCGCAAUUUGCGCCGUCCGAAUGGCACUGGCAACGGCACAGGUGCCAUGCACCACAUGAACAACACUGCCGCGGCGGCUGCGGCAGCUGCGGCCGGGAAACAGGUGAACAAGGUGAAGCCCACGGUGAAUGUCAGCCGUCAGGUGGAGGGCCAGGUGAUAUCACCCUCGCAGUACAACAGGCCACCAGAGAAUGAUGCUAACCCUUAUGCGGGCUAUCAACUUGCUUACGAAGUUAAAAAGCUCAUGCCGACGAGUCGCAGUUCCGGCACGGGUACACAGAAUCAAAACGGCGGCGUUUCAUUGCCCGCCGGCAUUGCGGACGACCAGUCGAAGGACUUUGACUUCGAGAAGACCGAAAUGAAGUACGACUCGACAGGCAUGUUCCACUGGAGUCCCGCAAAGAGCUUAGAAGACUGCAUACUGGAUCGCAACCAGGCGGCCAUGACGGUGCUUAACGGCCAUGUGGUCGUUUGCCUUUUCGCCGAUCCCGAUUCGCCGCUUAUCGGGCUGCGAAACCUGGUGAUGCCAUUGCGUGCGUCCAACUUCCACUACCACGAGCUGAAGCACGUGGUGAUCGUCGGAUCGGUGGACUACAUUCGGCGGGAGUGGAAGAUGUUGCAGAACCUGCCCAAGAUCUCGGUGCUAAACGGCUCACCGCUGAGUCGCGCCGAUCUGAGGGCGGUCAACGUCAAUCUGUGUGAUAUGUGCUGCAUACUGUCUGCCAAAGUUCCUAGCAACGACGACCCGACGCUGGCCGACAAGGAGGCGAUCCUCGCCUCGCUGAACAUCAAGGCCAUGACCUUCGACGACACGAUCGGUGUGCUUAGUCAGCGCGGACCGGAGUUCGACAACCUGAGCGCCACCGCCGGUAGCCCCAUUGUGCUCCAGCGGCGUGGCUCAGUUUAUGGCGCCAAUGUGCCCAUGAUAACAGAACUGGUCAAUGAUAGUAACGUGCAGUUUCUCGAUCAAGACGACGAUGAUGAUCCAGAUACAGAACUAUAUCUGACGCAGCCAUUCGCCUGCGGCACAGCCUUCGCUGUGAGUGUGUUAGACUCGCUGAUGUCCACGACUUACUUCAAUCAAAACGCCUUAACGCUGAUCCGCUCAUUGAUAACGGGUGGAGCCACGCCCGAGCUGGAGCUGAUCCUGGCAGAAGGUGCUGGCCUCCGGGGAGGCUACAGCACAGUAGAGAGUCUGAGCAAUCGGGACAGGUGUCGAGUGGGGCAAAUUUCACUCUACGACGGACCCCUGGCUCAGUUUGGUGAGUGCGGAAAGUACGGAGACUUGUUCGUGGCUGCCCUGAAAUCGUACGGAAUGCUGUGCAUCGGCUUAUACCGAUUUAGGGACACCAGCUCCAGCUGUGAUGCGAGCAGCAAACGUUAUGUAAUAACCAACCCACCCGAUGACUUUUCACUACUGCCAACAGAUCAGGUAUUCGUUUUAAUGCAAUUUGAUCCGGGUCUGGAGUACAAGCCGCCAGCGGUACGAGCACCCGCCGGUGGACGCGGCACCAACACACAGGGAUCCGGGGUCGGUGGGGGCGGCUCCAACAAGGAUGAUAACUCUUGAUUGUUACUGUGUAGCGCCUUAACUGAUGGUCCUUAUUCGUACAUUUGAACGAUGGAGAAAUUAAUUAGAGGCAGAGCAUCGCAUUUAUGGCACAGCAUCCACUACCUAUUGGCAUAAGAUUAACGUUAGCAAAUCGGCAAGAAAGAAAAAGACAUAUUUGUAUGUAAUCGAUUGUAAGGUGUACCCUGUACAAAAUGGAAAUCAAAAGCGUAAAUUAGUUAGAGAUACGAACACUGCGUGCCAGAAAGUGUGCUGCUCUGUCCUUUUAUAUGUGUGGAGGCAGGCGAAAUUUGGUGUAUUUUGUCCAUCCCAGCCAACAAUCAAGAGACAACCACUAGCACAGACGAUCAGAACAGCAACCGCAACGUUAACUGCAAGUGCAACUGCAACGUCAAGGGCCAUGCCGCCUCUCUCCACAUAUAUAAAAGACAGAUUCAGAUCGGGGGAACCAAGACCUGUCGCCCCAAAGUCCAUCGUUCAAUUGCCAACUGAUUGCUUCCCACAUCAUUCCGUAUGCCUUUUUAGAACCUUGAAAUUAUCAUAUUCUAUAUUCUAUAUACUUAUAAUUUUAAUCUUUAUCUAUGUACAUUGGUUUAUCUUAUCUUCUUUAUCUUUCCUUGUAUAUUUUGUUUUGUAUUUUAUUCCCAAGUCCCCAAUAAAAUAUUAUGUUAUUAUUUGAAGUUUUGGUAUCUGUUUCUGAUUUCCCUGAAGUUUAGUUUUUCUGGCAACAAUCAUUAGUUAUUACUUAUGGGUAUGUAUUUAUGUAUGAGUGCGUUCAGAAAUCAUUUAUAUUUAAGAAUCGUUAUUCACUUAUUUCAUCUAUUCAUAUUCGUUUACAUUUUGAGUUCACUUCAUGGCGCUAUCAUUGCAUAUUGCAUAAAAAUUGAACAAUUCUAAAUGAAAUCCAUCUCAAUGGUGUGACGUAAGCAAUUGGGAACCAUUAGUGAGGUAAGCUACACAUUAAACAAGGAAAAGCAAAUCAAACAACAAAGACAACUAACAAAAUACUAAACCUAAACUAAGUCUAGUACACACACAUGUGCACUCUAGAGUACGUACACUGAAACUGAAACUAUGUACUUUCAUGUCUCUAAAUAUUUCUCUAAGCUGCAAAAUGGCAGCACAAACAACAGCAAACACUACGCAACAAUUUAUAUCGAAUACACGAUCUUAAACACUCAAUUAUUUCACACACACUAAGCCACAAAACAAAUUUGCGAGAUUGCUUUUGUGUGAGCGUAGAUACAGCUUCAAAGAAAUGAGAUACAAAGAUACAGAUACAAGGCAAAGAGGCUAAAAGCAAAUGUUGUGCCAGCAUACAAAUUCAAAAACUGCAUUUAGAAGUUUCUGAGCAUGCGCAAACGAUUUAUAUAGAGCAGAGCAUAUUGUAAUCAUUAAACUUUUAAAGUAAAACUAACACAAAUAUCGAUUAAUGACACCUAAGAGCCAACAAUCUGAUAACUAAUUCGUACACCUAAAGCAAAUACAAAACUCGACUCGAUCUUUUAUAAGACAGCAGAGGAAGAAAGGCCAGAGAAUAUGGUAAAUGCAUGGUUGUUUCAGCCGAGGGUCACCAGCUCAGGUGACUCGGAAGCUAAAUACUAAACCAAAGCUUAAGCAAAGAAUUACACUUAACUAGAGGAAUCUCAGCUUUUUCAAUCGUCAUUAGUCGGAGCCAUGUGUCGAGAAGUACUCACAUAUUGGACAGACUUUUAUUUUGCUAAUCCUAAAUUGAAAUACUUCUUACAUUUACAUCUCUACACACAUACCUACGAACAGCGAGACACGUAGCUCUCAGAUAAAAAUGCAAAAAAAAAAAGAAAAUAUGUACUGU